AUGAUUUUUUCCAGCCCAUCAUACCAACUAGAUAGAAUAAGAACAAUUCAAGAUAGUACAGGAAAUAUUGGACUUGGAAAAAAGUUCAAAGGCAAAGGCAAGGCUGUAAAUACUGAAGUUGCUUCCACUUUUAGUUUUCAAAACAUGAAUGAAAGUUUAAAUGAUGCUGAAGCAGAUAUGGAGAUAGAGAGUUCAUCAAAUAUAACUCUCGAUGAUAGCAGUGACAACUUUGUUAAAUAUAUCAUCACAAAAUAUGACGCUGGCGAGUCAAGCAAAGCGGAUAAUACAAGCAAUCCUGUUUCGUGGACUGUCCAGUCAACUGAUACUUCUUAUUCUCCUUCUGUACCUAAGGCUCCCCACUCAUCUACAACAAAGGUUAUUGUUGAUCAAACAGAGUAUAUAGAGAAGAUGAAUAGAACAAAAAUGCAAAGACAUCUCAGACUUUUGAGAGAAAAAACAAAACCUGUAAUUAUCAAGGCUGCUGAGGUGGUUUUGUCAAAAAUCGAAUCCUUUUCAUUAAAGAUAAAAAACUAUUCCGACUAUAUCAAAGAAAGAGCAUCUUUCGAUAUUCUAUUGAGAGAGUUUUAUGGGAACGAAACUUAUAACACAGCACAAGUAUAUUUUCCUGAUUCAUGCUUUGAAUUCAAAGUGACCAACAAAGGUGAAUUGUAUUUUGGGAAGUUGUAUGUGACAAGAAUUCGAGGCUACUACCCCCAACCCCAAGCUCCUCCUGAUGAUUUUACUAAUUUCCAAAUGUAUGCUACCUAUUUGGAUAUGACGAUGCAACAAAAUCAUGUGAAAAGACUUUUGAAUAACACAAAAAAAGCAGAAAUACUUAAAAUUAUGUUAGAAACAGGUCAAGUGGAUUUAUUGAGGAAUCGUGCAAGCCAUCUUUUAGAAAAACUACAGAUUUCGCCAUUCCGUAAACUAAAGUUUUCUAGCAAAUUGUACUUUGAUAAAAAUGAUGCUCAAUUAGUUAGAAAGCUGAAAAAUAAGUUUGGAUCCAAUACAACGCUGAUACUAGGAAAUUAG